AUGUGUCCACAUUAUUAUUAUUUUAUAGAAAAUGAAGCCGUGUGUUAUACUUUUGUAACUUGUACUCCUUUGUUAGGUGGGAAAGGGUGCAGCCAUGUUUGCACUGGGCUGUCUGGCCAUGGACACAGGGCAUCACAGGAGAACCCUGGCAGGCUGUACCAUCAGGAGGUCAACCAGCCACUCCUCGUCCCUGUCCUGCAGAAAGAGAGCCUUGCCCAUGGUGCUCUUCCUCUUGGGAAUCCUGGGGAUCACAGGGCAGAACAGUGGGGCUCCUGGUGCAUGCACAAUAGAAGGACAUCCACACAUCACAGGUCACAAUGGGGGAAGCUGAUGGUCAUUCAGAUUAGAUCACAAUCUUGGGGCCCCUCCAGAACCUCUGUGGAGCUCCCUCCAUGCUCCUCCAUGCUUGAAAACAGCCCUGUCAAUCUCAAAGCAAAACUAAGGUGUCCAACAUACCUACAAGAACAAAAUCUAACCCAUGUCUCUGAAUUCCAUCUCAUGAGCCUCUCAGAGGACCCAGAUCUGCAGCCCCUCCUCUUUGGACUGUUCCUGUCCAUGUACCUGGUCACAGUGCUUGGGAACCUGCUCAUCAUCCUGGCUGUCAGCUCUGACCCCCACCUACACACCCCCAUGUACUUCUUCCUCUCCAACCUGUCCUUGGCUGACAUCGGCUUCAUCUCUACCACCGUCCCAAACAUGAUUGUAAACAUUCAGACUCACAAUGAUGUCGUCUCCUACAUGGGCUGUCUGACACAGAUGUCCUUUUAUGCCAUUUUUAUUUGUAUGGGUUAUAUGCUUCUGACUGUGAUGGCCUAUGACAGGUUUGUGGCCAUCUGUCAUCCCCUGCAUUAUACAGUCAUUAUGAACCCUCGCCUCUGUGGCUUCUCAAUUUUGGUAUCAUUUUUGCUGAGUCUCUUGGACUCUCAGCUGCACAAUUUGAUGAUCUUACAAAUUACUAGCUUCAAGGAUGUGGAAAUUUCCAGUUUCUUCUGUGACCCUUCUCAACUUCUGAAUCUUUCCUGUUCUGACACCUACUCUAUUAAUAUUGGCAAGUAUGUUCUUUUUGGCCUAUAUAGCUUUUUCCCCAUCUCAGGGAUCCUUUUCUCUUACUAUAAAAUAAUUUCCUCCAUUCUGAGGAUCCCAUCCUCAGGUGGGAAGUACAAAGCCUUCUCUACCUGUGGCUCUCACCUGGCAGUUUUUUGCCUAUUUUUAGGAACAGGUACUGCAGUGUACUUUGGAUCGGCUGUAUCACAUUCUCAUAGAGAGAAUGUGGUGUCCUCAGUAAUGUACACUGUGGUCACCCCCAUGCUGAACCCCUUUAUCUACAGCCUGAGGAACAAGGAUAUCAAAGGUGCUCUUUGGAAGCUUCACAGCAGGGCAAUCUAAUCCCAGCUUUCCUGGUACUGGUUACAAUAUGUGUUGGAAAAUGCAGCAACGUUACAUACCUGGUCCUGUUCAGAUGUGCCUUAUGCUAAUUUCUCACCAAAUUUUACAGUAGAAUGGUUGGAACUCCUGUUGGCAAGGGAUGUUUGGAACUUUUUUACAUUGGAAAGAAAGUUCCACUUUUUUAAGAUAAGGAAUGGUGGAGAUAGAGGAUAGUGAUGUUUUGGCAACUAUACCUAUAUUUAAUGCCACUGAGCUUUGCAUUUGAGAAUGGUAAUAAUGGCAAGUUUUUUUUCUUUUUUUGUAAUUUAAAUUGACCAUAAUGAAUGUGGCUUUAAGAAGGUACUAUUUUCUAAGAAUA